UGAAAAUGCUCCAUAUAUACAGAUGAUUUUGGUUUUGAAAUUUUUUUUGCUACUGAUGCUGCCAGUGGGGUUUGUCUGGACGGUCAAGUCAUGUCCGCGAGUGCAGCAAAUAAAUGCCACUGCCAGUAAAUAUCCCCUUCAGACGUGCAUUUCUCAAUGUCUCGGCCUCCCCAGCUUCACCAAAAACUGCACUAUGAACUACAAAACGGGUGGAUUUUUGAACGAGCCCUGCCUAGGAAAGGAGCGAUUUGAACCAACAUGGGUCACUGCUGAUCAGAAAUUGUUGGUCUGCUAUAUUGACGAACAAGUGGAUGACUCCUCUUUCGACAUAAUGCCAAUGCUGCAGCUCAAUUUGUGUACGCACUUAUCGAUCGGGCCGUGGUUUUUUUAUGCUCCAGACACAAACAAGAUCAGUCCACGCCAAUUUUUGAUAGACCUUCUUAACAAAACGAAGGUGUUUGCGCAAAAGCAAGGCAUUCCAGUCAUCAUGAAUUUUGGCAGUGCAGAAGGAGGCAACGGCAUGGAUGGCGACACUUUUUCAAAAGUCGUCGCUGACGUCAACUUAAGGACUCAGUUGAUUAAGAGGUUGCUGGAACUUGUCGAUGAGUACAAAUUUGAUGGCAUCAUCGUGCGUUGGUACUAUCCGGGCUGUUCCUUUACAGACUGCGUCAAGGGCAAUGCGAAGGACAAGGAAAACUUGGUGACAAUGUUUAAGGAGCUUUAUCCCGCACUUAAAGCCAAGGGCAAACUAUUGUUCUUGCUCGUGGGCAACUGGGAUGCGAUGAUCAUGAGAGGCUUGGACCUGAACGUUUUAUGGAAUUUCGUUGACUACUUUUUUAUUCAGACGUACACAUAUGAAGGUUCAUGGAGCACCAACCUGUACCCCUCUACGGGCAUGAACAACCUUAUCUACUCAGUCGGUGCGGUCAAAGACAAGAUUGGAGCGGCUCGCAUGAAAAAGGUGCUUGCCGGGGUGACUCCCUUAUCAGUCCUCUAUGAACUUGUACAAAAAAACACAAUACCUAAAACCAAGACUAGCGAAGUCACCAAAGGCCGAUACCCCAAUUAUCAAGAGACUUGUCAGAUCAUAAGGAAACAAAAUUACACUAUUUUAAAGGAUAACAAGAAUUGCAAUUACGCAUACAACACUACACAUGUAUUCACUUACGAUGACUUGAAUUCUCUAACAGCAAAAAUUGAAUAUUUGAAAUCUACUGGGGUAGUAGGAGUUUUUUACGGCUACAUUCACAGAGACGACUGGAAGGGCGAGUGCGGCUGCGGCGCAAUGCCUAUCCUGAGGAUGACCGCCGAGCUGCUGCACGGCGCCGGAUGCCCGUUGCGGCAGUGCGUGUGACAAACCCUGUCAAUUAUUUGCAACCCUGAUGUGACUCCUAAUUGUACACCUUUACUUGCGCCACCUUAAUUGCUUCAGGAUUUGU